AUGGCCGCGCUCCCGCUGCUGCUGCUCGUGCUCUGGACCUGCGGGCACGCCAAGAGCGCGUUCCCUCUGCGACCUUCCUACAGCCUGUACACCGGCGGGCACGCGCACGGAACGCGCGCAGCAAGCAGACACAGGAACUGGUGUGCAUUCGUAGUGACAAAGACGGUGAGUUGUGUCGUCGAAGACGGAGUGGAAACCUACGUGAAGCCGGAUUAUCAUCCCUGCAGCUGGGGGAGUGGACAGUGCAGCCGGGUGGUGGUGUACCGGACUUACAUGCGCCCGCGGUACAAAGUCGCCUACAAAAUGGUGACGGAGAUGGAGUGGAAGUGUUGCCACGGUUACAGCGGAGAGGACUGCACUGAUGGUCCUGCAGGAACCCAGAUGACCUCAAGACCAGGACCAGGACCAGGGACAAGCUAUGGACCGGGGGAAGGAGGCGGUCAGAGUGGAAGCUAUGGGGGAGGUAGUUCUGGAUCAGGGGGAAACAGCAGAAGAGUAGAGAAUGAAAAUAUGAGGCAGCUGGAGGAGAAAAUCCAAAGUCUGACGAAGAACCUGCAUGACCUUCAGUCCACCCUGAACACCAUGAAUGACCGCUUCCAGCAGGAGGUCACCAAACCGGGCUUCGGUGGAGGAGGAGAGGCCUCCUCAGGGGGAAGAAACCCGGCCGAUGCUGCUCAGCCAGAGAUUAAAGACACGAUUCACAGCAUCCAGACCAAACUGGACCAACUAGACAACCGCACACAGGCCCAUGAUAAAACCCUGGUCAGCAUCAACAACCACCUGGUGAAUGGGAAAGGGAAUGAGUUAGAUGGAGGUGUGUCUGGAGGAGGACUGAGUGGAGGGAAGCUGAACUCCCUGAAGGAGGAGAUCCUGAGGGAGUUGGAGAGGAGAGUGUCGCUGUCUUGUUCCUCCUGCCAGGCCGGAGUGGAGGAUCUGCGCAGACAGCAGCAGGAGGACCAGGAGAGGAUUCGAGCUUUGGAGAAGCAGCUGAAUGCCAUGGAUGUUCGGUAUCAGCAGAACUUGGACGGACUGCGGCGGGAGGUGGUGCGUUCACAGGGAUGCUGCGACACCAUCAGUGACCUCCAAAACCGCAUCACUGAUGCUGAACGCAAGAUCACCUCUGCCUCGGAGAACUUUGAUGAUCUACUGAACCAUGUGGACAAGGGGCUGAGUGGAGCCAACGGGUCGAGGGGCGGAGGUUUGGCCAGCGGCGGUGGAAAUGGUGGACAGAGGAGGGAUGGGUUGGUGAUGCAGGAUGGCCUGGAUGAUCGGCUGAAGGACCUGGAGCAGCGCAUCAACCACACGGUGCAGCAAACUGAGCAGAGCUGUUCGUACCUGGAGAAUGACCUGAAGGACUACUUCCACAGAGAACUGGGGGACCUGAGGACCGUGUUCCUGGACCGGUUCGAUGAUCAGGCCUUUAGGAUCGCAGACGUAGAGAUGGAAGUGGAGCAGGUCAAGACGAAGGUGAGCAACCAGGACAAGAGGCUGUCAGAGCUGGAAAACAACACCGCUGUCAUUAAGCAGAGGUUGGAGGAAUGUAGCUGUGGAGGGUCAGAAGGAGGAGGAGAAAGACGAGGAGAUGGAGGUGGAAGAUGGGGGCCAGGAGGAGGAGGAGCUACAGGAGGAGGAGGAGCUACAGGAGGAGGAGGAGCUACAGGGGGAGCCACAGGAGGAGCUACUGGAGGAGGAGGAGCUACUGGAGGAGGAGGAGCUACAGGCGGAGCUACAGGAGGAGCUACUGGAGGAGGAGGAUCUACAGGAGGAGCUACAGGAGGAGGAGGAACUACAGCAGAUUUAGGGGGGCGGACUACAGGAGGAAGAGGAGGGGCUAAAGGAGAUAGAGAGGGAGCCAUUGAUGGAGGAGGGGCUAUCUGGGAAGGGGGUGGGACUACAGGGGGAGUGGGUGGGGGACAUUGGGGAGGAGGAAGCAGGGGAGGUACAGGGGGAUGGUUACCUGGGACAGGAGGAGAAAGAGAAAAUACAACAGAGAAAUCUCUGGAAUGGAGAGUGGUGGCCAACGAGGAUCAGAUUCGACAUUUCAACACUCAACUCAAAGACCUGUCGGUGUCCGGAGACUCUCUGUACGACAAGGUAGUUGACCUGAGCCACGACGUCCGUAAGAUCAAGGCUCUGACUGGAGACCACGGAGAACACUUUAACCGGAUUGUGACGGAGGUGGAGAUGUUGGGGCAUGACUGCGAUUUGUGCAGGAAAGUGGAGGACAAGCUGCGGACACUGAAGAAUAUUUCCCAGGAUGCACUGGGGCGCAUGCAGAGCCACAUCAACAGGAUCCAGAUCAGGCUGGACUCGGAGGGAGACGGCUCAAACCUACAGGACGAAGUCCGUCAGCUGCGAGAUGAUGUCAGGAGGUGCAUGGGCCAGCGCAAGACCAGUCCGGACACAUCGACAGGUGGUGGUACUGGUGGUACUGAUGGACACGGCCCCAGGUUGGACGCUGAGAAGCCUUUGGACGGCCAUAGUGUGAUUGGAGGCUCCAUCAACAACAACCAGCUGAAGACGCUGCAGGGCGAACUGUCCGAGGUCAUCCUCACCUUCAGCUCCAUCAAUGACACCUUGAAGGGUCUUGAACACACGGUGCAGAAACACGGCAGCGUUAUCACUGACCUCGGGAACACCAAGGACAAGAUCAUCUCUGAGCUGGACAAAAUCCAGCAGGAGGUUACGGAGCACAUGGAGGAGAGCCGAGACCGUCUGGAUAAGAUGGACCGGGAUGUCCGGCGGUUCGAGAGCACGCUGCUGGUGGAGAUGGGAGACUGUAAGAGGUCUGGAGAUGGGCUGGAGAAGAGGCUGUCGAAGCUGGAGGGAGUCUGUGGGAGGCUGGACGGCGUUUCUGAUUCCAUCCACAAGAUCAAGGAAGGACUGAGCCGACACGUGUCAAGUUUGUGGACGUGUGUUUCUGGUUUGAAUGAGUCGGUUGUCCAUCAUGGAGGAAUCCUGGACUUUAUUCAGAGGAACCAGGAUGAUGUUCACAGCAGGAUGAAGAACCUGAACUCCAGCCUGAACCAGGCCUUUAAAGAGCUGCAGAGUUUCUCCGACCAUGGCCUGACAGGCCCCGCUCUGCUCCACAGAGGCCUGCCUGGACCUCCAGGACCCCCUGGAGAGAGGGGCUUCAAUGGACUCCCGGGCCCCAGAGGGCCCCCUGGACGACCAGGAGACAGUGGUGCCCGAGGCCUGCCAGGUCCUAAAGGUGAAACAGGUCUUCCUGGGGUUGAUGCUCAUGUUCCCAGACUGUCGUUUUCUGCUGCCCUCACCAUCCCCAUGGACAGAGCAGGAACCAUUGUCUUUGACAAGAUCUUUGUCAACCAAGGAGACUUUUAUGACCCAAAAACAGGUAUUUUCACCGCCCCAGUAGACGGACAUUACUUCUUUAGUGCCAUCCUCACGGGUCACAAGAACGAAAAGAUUGAAGCUGUCCUGUCAAAGUCGAACUACGGCAUGGCCCGGGUGGACUCAGGAGGCUACCAGCCUGAAGGCCUUGAGAACAACCCUGUGGCCGAGGCUAAGAUCACUCCGGGCUCUCUGGCUGUCUUCAGCAUCAUCCUACCUCUACAGACUCGAGACACGGUGUGCAUCGACCUGGUGAUGGGCAAACUGGCCCACUCUGUGGAGCCCCUCACCGUCUUCAAUGGCAUGCUGCUGUACGAAGACAUGUGACGCUCCAUAGCAACGUCUGAGAAACAUAGAGGCCAGAGAAUCUAACAACGCGGUUUAAGGUUCAUGACCAACUCACAGGAGGUGGGCCAAUAAACUAUGAUGUCACUUCAUCAUUCAGGAAUGAUCCAGUGACAAAAAGAUUUAUUCCUUCAUAUACUACACUGUCUGCACAGCGGCCUGCUGGACUUGUUUUUCUGAGGAGGCUGCAGGUCUUUUCCUGUGUGGAGCCUUUAAAUGUGGUCACAUGAUCUGAUGUCAGGGCAGCACCGUGAGAACCAAUGAUCAGCUGAUGCCUGCCAGACCUGCUUUGUUUAAACAGCCUGUGAAAUCACGCAAACUCUUGUAGUGGAGAAUUUCAGUGUGAAAGUCUAAAGGGCUGUUAGCGCCCUCUAAAGGCUGCAGAGGUCAUUACACAACAAUGAACAAUCCUAAUGAUUUCUAUACUAUUAGAUCAUUUUCAUCUCUCUAUCCAAGGGUGGUGCUACACAAAAGUUUGUAGAUUAUUCAAAUUUAAAAGCAGAAAUGAUAUCAGGGCAUUUCUUGAUGUUUAGAUAUCUGUUAUUGAUCAUUUCAGAGAGAAGAGAGAAGAGUUUCAGAUCAUAACAGUUGUCUUGUAUAAAGUCUGGGUCCCCCUUCUGGGCUUUUCAUCAAGUGUUAAUGCACUGUUUUGAUUUAUUUCAUGACCUUAAAUAUAGAAGAUUAAACAGUAUUUAGUUAGUACUUAUCUCCCCCAUCCAUUCUUCCCCCAGUCUGUGCAGUUUUUCUGCUGCUACACAAAUCAGAAUAUUUCACUGACAUGCUGAACAGUUGGUGAACUGUUCCUUUCAUUUUACUGCCUUUGGUGGUUAUGGCCACAGAGCUCAUUUUGAACUUCACCCAUCUCCAGAACCACUCCGUCUUAUCCAGAUGUUACUCUGCAGACUUUAGAUGUUCUGUGUGUGAUGAAGAGGCAGGUUAUUUCUGCAUCAGUCACCACCACUAUUGUCAGCUGAACCUUCCUGCAGCUCUUGCAGUCAGGCAGGCUUCGCUUUGUCUUUCUGUCCCAUUGUUUAAACUGAAUGUUUUCUAGGCAUCAUGAGUUACCUUCAUUUUCUGAGUUAUUGAGUGGAGCCAGUGGAAUUUAUGAUCAGUUGAAAUUUUGUAAUGAUUUUUGACUUUCAAGUCUGAACAAAUCAGGCCUCAUGAGUUCAUGAAGUUUGUGAGACCAGCUGUUAUUCUCUGACUGUUGGAUGUUCAGAUAUCCGUGAAUAAAUAUGUUGGAAUAUGUGACUGUGGACCAAAGCAUUGGACGGACAGCUCAUUGCCAACCUUUACCUUGUAGAUCAGAUGUUGCCAUGGCAACACGUGACACUGUGACUUGAAAUCAGUUGAGAAACAAAGAAAGCUUUUUGCUCUUCAGCUUUCUACAAACAGUCUGUUUAUGACGGGCAUGAGUUCACAUCAUGAAUGUUUUUCCAUUAAGCUGCACCUUUACUUGCUUUAUUGGGGUUUUUACGUUCUACCAAGUUUUAAUUCAUGACUGCAAAUUGUCACAUUAAUGGAGAAAUGUUAAAAGACAAGUCAGACAGCACUCCAUAUUUUCUUACUGUCAGUGAAAUCCAUUAAAAGACCAAUGUUGGAAGAAAUAUUUAGACACACUAAGUAAUACAACCAUGCUGUAAAAAUCCCGAGUUACAGUGACAAAUGCCUGCAAAUGAACCUCUGCCACAGAGGAAUGAGUGAUGAUCCCCACAACACCCAUUAGCAGCUAGUAGAGUCAGUUUGAGUCUAAUCGUGGGUUUUGAUGACAAAAAGAAAUAUUCAGUCUUGUCAGUCUUGUUUAUGACUAACAUUAAGCACACAUGGUGGAGAAGGAUGGACAACACACACAGUCAGAUGUUUCAUCUGAUGAUGUGUUUGCUUUGAGGAUAACUGUGAUUAUUAUGACAACUGCCUGAGAAGGACUUAUGAAUCUAGUAUUUAAGUGUUUUCAUAGCAUAUCAGUAACACAUUCAACAGCUCCAUCUAUCUCUAUCUGUCAUGAGUCACUGAAUGUGCUGCAAGGAUGUGUAAUGGUUUCACAUCAGGAGCCUUUUGUCACAACUGUCUACAGAUGAACCUAUGAACUUGUGGUAACAAAUAUUUCUCACACUUAUACUCUAUCAUUAACACUGAGAAAAGAGAUGUGAUGGGCAGUCCUUCUUCCUCAGUGGAUUAAGAAACUACUCUGUAACAGGCAUCUCUCAUGUAAACCUGUUGCUCACACUUUUGUAUUGAUAACUAAUUUUCACUGUAAUUAAAGAAAAACAAAAGUCAAAUCCU